GGAAAAAGCAAUCCUAAAAAUGAAACGAAAGAGGCUUAAAAAUAGAAAGAACAACUCAGAACUCCCAAGCAUAAAAAGGCCUACGACAAGUUUCAACGCUUUCAUGAGCAACAGUAUUGAUCGAAAACGAUCUACCGAAACCACGAUUGAGAGCAACAACAGAACUUCAACAAAGCUAGCAAAGAAGAAUUCUAAAUUAACAGCUGGCUCAAGGAAAAUCAGCAGUAAUUCAGAGAUCCUAGUACAGCCAAAUUCAAAGCAUAAGCGAGCUAUAAGCCAAAUACCCCAAUCCCAGACAAAUCUGGAUUCUUCCAAAGGGACUAAAUUCAUAAGGAAGACCUCUAGCAAACCAGUGUUUGAUCAUGAACAACAAAAGAAGCAGGAUGUUACCAAAUAAAGGCCUUAGUUUCAUGAAGAUUGUAUCCAAACUCAAGGGCAAACAAUUAGCCAAGAAUGGCAGCAAGUCCCCAGCUGGACAGCCUGCAGACUCUGACAAUAAAAACCAAAUACAAAGAGUAAAGUUCAAAGAAAUAUUUGCCAAAGUUGACAAAUAAGAAAAUACUUGGAGAGUGAAGUUACUGCUUUAGAAAGAAAUGUUUCAGGCUAGUCAAUUCUUGCAAGCAUGCUAGCUGAUAUACAUGAAGCCAAUUUCUGCUAGAUUUCAACAAGUACACAGGAUAUAAUGAAAUGAGGUGAUUUUAUUGUCCAGAAAGUACUAUAAAUGAGGAAAUGACUGAAAGCCGCAAAGUUACACUAGAGUAUCUUCAUUACUGUUUUGACAAUCACGGUCCUGACUAUACAGCAGAAGCGCCAGCCACUCAGAAUAAACUAGAAGAAGAGAAAGAUGUCAAUUACAAUGUAAUUAACCCAGAAGCUGAAUAUUGUGAUCAUCACUUGGACAAGAAGAAUCACUAUUGUGUUGAUUGAAACAAGCAUCUCUGCUACAAAUGCUUGAAAUCCAAAUAACCCUCAUCUUGAUCACAAAGUCUAUUAUAUUGACGAUCUUAACAUCAGGGCUGAGCAUUGAAAUUUCAAGUCUAUCUACGACCCUCAAAUGGAUGAUGUAGCUGUUAAAUUAAAAGAAACCGUAACUUCAUUGAAGCACCAAAAAGAUUUGUACUUGAAAUAAAAUCGAAACUGAUUUUCAACUCCUUCAGAAGAUCAUUGAAAUCAAGCGAGAUAAAAUAAACCUUGAAGUUUCAAGGUGCUACGACCUCUCUAUCGAACAAGCCUAUGGGAGGGCUGAGGCUCUUAAACUUCUCAAACAGAGGUCAAAAUUAAUGCAGGAAUUGUCUCAACAAGCUAAGGAGGAACUGGCUAUUAUUAAACGAUACAAGACGAAUAAUCUGUUCCAAGUAAUGAGAAAUGUUGUGAAGAAAGCAGAUAUCAUAAAUAUCGAUCAAAUUGAUAUAACUGAAAGUUUAAUUUUACUCGACCAGAAUGUGUUAAGUGAAGUGCAUCGUAUUGUUGAGGACAUAAAGUUUGCUCCAAUCUCUCAAUCCUAUCUUGACAAGGUUAGAGAUCUGUUCAGGAAGUCAACUAUCCUAAAACCAAACUUAAUCACUCCAGAAUUCGUUUCAAUGUUUGAAAAAUUGCGAUCAACAGAACGAUUAUUCCAGCUAACCAGGGAUGGUCAGAGCCCAUUUGAGUUUCAUGAAAAAUGUGAUAAUAAAGGCCAGACAAUAAUGAUAAUCAAGACCCUCAACGGGCACAUCUUUGGUGGUUAUAACCCAACCAGCUGGAUCAGCGAGUAUGUGUACUCCCAAUGCGAAGACGCCUUCUUAUUCUCUCUGACGGAUGGAAAGGGCCGAAAAUGAAUCAAAUGACCUAUAGAACGUCAUAAAGCUGAUAAAGCUAUUAAACAGAAUCAAAACAAAUACAGCCCAGGCUUUGGAGAAGCUAAUAAUAGCGAUCUAUUCAUUGCCUUCAGAAAGCUAGAUAAUAGCUAUAGCAGGCUAGGCAAUGUCUACAGGUGUCCUAAUCAAUACGAUCCCUCGACUUUCCUCGCAGGAAGUGAAACUGGCUGGGACAUUGAAGAAAUCGAGGUGUGGAGUAUUGCUUAAUCAGCCUCAAUAAUA